AUGGCGUCGGCGGCCAACCCUGGGACGAGCAUUAAGGACAUUUUGCCUCUGCCUGAGAUUACAGAUCCCAACAAACAUGAAAUCGCGGAUACACUCCACGAUGAACCCAGCGCAAGUCAUGCCUUGGCGGUAGCGGAUCACGAUGAGAAGGGUGCCGCCCAGCAAGACCACAAUGCGGAAGUCGUGGACUUGGGCUGGAAUGAACCCGACGACAAGAUCGAGAAUCCGCUCAUUGGCGGAAUGUCAAAUGCGGAUCUAUGGAUUCUAAUUAGAAGAUUCAACAAGCAAAUUUAUCAUGUGACGGAGUACCCAUAUCCAGUUCCGGGCGGGCUGGACCUCAAUUAUGCGGAGCAGGAAGAGUUCUCGCCUGACAAACUCCGUGCGAACGUUGAGCGCCUGUAUAUGACUGUCGGCGUCGGCAUGAUGGGCUUCGGCAAGCACAUUGCCCGAUUGCGGUCUUGGCGGGAGUGGGAACGAACGGCAGCCUUUUGCGCCGCCUACACCGUCGCCUGGCUUCUCGACAUGCUAACUCCCCUCUUCGUAAGCACACUAAUCGUGCUAAUCAUGUAUCCGCCAUCUCGCGAUAUCCUAUUUCCCCCAGCCCCACUUGCCCUCGUUAGCGGGAAGACUGGUGGCGUGCAGAAACCGAAAGCCGGUGUACUGGGCUCAGCAGACUCCAUAACCGGUGCUCCUGAGAAACACAAGGGUGAGGCUGUCGAAUCUGAGGCAAGCAACUUCGUCAACAGUCUCGCAACCAUUAGCAUUGCGGGCGCUAGCGGGAAGCAUCCUGAGCAUGAUGCGUCGACAAUCGAAGGUAUGAAGGACAGCGAUACUCCUAAUGAUCGCGUUCCUGACCCUACCGCUAUGGCGUUCUCAGCAAGCGAAGCCCGUGUACGUGCCUCCGGCGGCAAAGUCGCCCCGCAUCAUGACAAGACGAAAGUACCGAUGGAGACCACUAUGUGGAACAAGAUGAGACCGAUCAUGCAUGGGUUAGCCGCCACCGCUGACGUGUGGGAGCGGUUUGGGAACGCGCUAUCACCGACGCCACCAUUCCCGCAAGAUGUUUACCGUCUUCGCCUGACGGCCCUGCUUGUGCCUGUUCUAGCAGGGUCUCUGUUCACCACAAAUUACAUGGUCAUGAAAGGUAUAUCGUUUGGCGUUGGUUUUGGCUUCUUUGGCGAUCCAGUUAUACAACCUGCUGCAUCAUGGCUAAAUCGUACCUUUCCUGACUGGCAGAAAUUGCUCGAACUGCGGAACACUAUCCUUAAGGGGGUGCCGACCAACGCGCAGCUCACACUCACCCUCCUCCGCAUCGGAGAGGCCAACAAAGCGCCACUACCACCACCACCACACUCGCACGAGCCGCCGGCGGAGCAGCCAAUGCACGUCACGGAUGAGCAUUUGCGCGCCGCUGGGUCCGAUUACCCAAUGAACGCCACACGCGAAGAGCUCAACGAAGCCAUCAAGCACGACCCAAGCGUUCCAGGCAAGACAAAUACCGGCGAAGUGGACAUCAACAAAGACAAGACUCAUGGCAAGAAGGGCGCUAAGCUCAUGGCCUUAUUCAAGAGUGCUGCCAAGGGCACCAUCACCACCGCACUCGGCGCCGAUCACCUUAAGGCUAAAAUAGGCGAUGAGGGUGCGAAGCAACGACUCGGCGUCAUCCCCGACCAGCGCGAGAAUCAUCUGACUGGACCGAUCGACUUCAAGGGUCGCUUCCACGGUAAGAGGGGUCAUGUGUACAUCAGCACCAAAGCCACUAUCCCGUGCGUGUCAUUUUCGCUUGACAAGACGAUCGGGCCGCAGGGUUCGAAUGAGCGGACGGCAGAGGAGUUGCAUCCCGUCUGGUCUAUUCCGGUGGCGGAUAUUAAGGAGCUGAAGAAGGUCGGCGGGCUGGGAUGGAAGGCGAAGUUGGUGGUGGGUUGGGCGCUUGAUCGCGAGGUGGCGGAUGGCUUGCAGAUUACUGAUCGGCAGGGCAAUUCGUGGGUGAUUACCGCGAUGGUGCUGAGGGAUGAGCUGUUCAAUCGGCUGAUUGCUAUGGGUGGGCAGAAGUGGGAGGCGUGCCUAGUAGGCACCGGCUCCGUCGACCGCGCCGCCAUCUUCUCCGCCGACGGGACCUCCGCAUGGGCAACGAGCCCCAAAUUCAACAUCCAGCCGAAAGAGAUGCAAGAGAUCGUCGCAGCUUACCGAGACCCGGGGAAGGACGGCGUUAAGCAAGUGCAGAGUACCGGGUUGCAUGUGGCGGGAGAGCGGUUUGUGGUGUUGAAGGCGGAUGAGAGGAGUAUUUAUGGGAAGAAGGGACGAGAAGGCAUUGUGAUUGUCAAGACGAAGCAGGCAUUACUCGUUGCGCAUUAUCCGGAGAGUGUGCAGCCCGGGACGGCAGCAAAUACGGUGGAAACACUGGGUGACUAUCUGAUCAAGGUGGGCUACUGA